UGUCCUGUUUUGGCCGGCAGGUUAGCGAUAGUUUCAUCAUCCAAGUUUUCAUCACUACUUCAAGGGGUGUGUGUACACGACACAUCGUUCAGUUUUAUGCAAUUUGUCUCCUACAUAAGUGCAACCCUUUGUGACAACUAUCAUUUGUAAGUUGGUAGUCCAAUGGCAGAGAUUGAGUCGCAAGUUGACAAGAUGAGUCUUGCUGAAAUCUACACAUCUGAAAAGACUGGUUCUGAUGAAUCAGGAGAUGGGACCGAAGGCAAGCCUUUCAAAACUGUCCUUCAGGUAAAUACUCAGGCUGGAAAAGAACCCUUCCCAACUAUAUAUGUUGAUGGCAAAGAAGGACAAAAAUAUGAAGUGGUAUCCAAGUCCCAGGUAAAGAAGAUCCAGAAGAUCUGGCAGAGAGAGCAGCACAAGCAGACGGACAAGGCUGAGAGAGAUGCUGCUGAUGCUCAGAGGAGAGACAUGAACCUUGAAGAAGCGAAAAAGAUCGUCCUUGAAAUGGACAAGUCCUUGCCAGAACCAAAGCAGAUAAAAAUUCAAGACUCUGUUGCCAGUCGUAACAUCAGAGUAAAGGUAUUUGGUUGGGUCCAUCGGCUGAGGCGUCAAGGAAAGAACCUGAUGUUUGUUGUUCUCCGUGAUGGGAGCGGAUUUGUUCAGUGUGUGAUGAAUGACAAACAGUGCCAGACAUACGAUGCCUUGACACUGUCAACGGAAGCCGCCAUUGCUGUAUACGGUGUCAUCAAGGAGCUCCCAGAAGGAAAGACAGCCCCAGAUAACCAUGAGUUGGCUGUUGACUUCUGGGAACUGGUGGGAGGCUCUCCACCAGGGGGUGCUGACAACUUGCUCAACGAGGAAGCUCAUGUAGAUGUUCAGCUUGACAACCGACACAUGAUGAUCAGAGGAGAAAAUACAUCCAAGGUUUUGAAGAUGAGAUCAGUAGUCAUGCAGUGCUUUAGGGCUCACUUCAUGGACCGGGGCUACUUCGAGGUGACCCCGCCCACUCUUGUACAGACACAGGUGGAGGGAGGUGCUACCCUUUUCAAACUCGACUUUUUCGGAGAAGAGGCCUUUCUUACCCAGAGUUCCCAGCUGUAUCUGGAGACCUGCCUGCCGUCGCUAGGAGACGUGUUCUGUAUUGCUCAAUCAUACAGGGCAGAGAAGUCCAGGACAAGGAGACACUUAGCAGAAUAUACCCACGUGGAAGCAGAGUGUAGCUUUAUAGACUUUGAUGGUCUGUUAGAUCGUCUUGAAGACCUUGUGUGUGAUGUCGUGGAUCGAGUUCUUAAAACACCGUAUGGAGAGAUUGUUUAUGAGCUUAACCCUGACUUCAAGCCACCAAAGAAGCCAUUCCGUAGAAUGCAGUACAAAGAUGCCAUUGUCUAUCUUAAAGAAAAUAACAUUACUAAGGAUGAUGGGACUUUCUAUGAAUUUGGAGAGGAUAUCCCAGAAGCCCCGGAAAGGAAGAUGACCGAUAAGAUUAACGAACCUAUAUUCUUGUGUCGCUUCCCUGCUGAAAUCAAGUCAUUCUACAUGCAGAGAACUGAAGGUGAUCGCAGGCUAACAGACUCUGUCGAUCUGCUGAUGCCAAAUGUUGGAGAGAUUAUUGGAGGCUCUAUGAGGAUCUGGCAUCAUGAGGAGAUGGAGGAGGGCUUUAAACGAGAAGGCAUUGACACAAAGCCUUACUACUGGUACAUUGAUCAGAGAAAGUUUGGUACCUGUCCCCAUGGAGGCUAUGGUCUUGGUCUGGAACGUUUCUUGUGUUGGCUGCUCAACAGAUACCACAUCCGUGAAGUGUGCUUGUACCCACGCUUCGUGGAUCGCUGUAGGCCUUGAACCACAGGCUGUACAGCACACACAUCGUCUAGAGCCCUGUUGUAUAUACAAGUCUAGUCUCUUGGUAGGACAAUUGGGGAACCUUGAACUGACUGGUAACUCUUUGAUAUGCUAUAAUAAUAUAUGUAGAUGCAGUGAGAUCACGGAAAUACUGCUCAAAGCAGCAUAUAGACUUUUACUAAUGUUUAGGUGAAGACUUUUUGUUUAAUGAAAUGUUAGACUAGAUACAGUUGUGCCAAAGGUGUGUUAUUGUAGCAUUCUUCUACUUUUUGAUAAGUUUUCAUAUUGAUUAUUUUCUGAGAAAAUGCAGCAGGUUAUACCUUCUCACACCAGACAAAACAUGUCUACUUUCCUUCUAAUGUGGUAUGGGAUCUUAUUGAAAUGGUUUUUACAGUCUUCAACAACUUGACUCACUUGACAGUAAUAAUCUGGCACUCAUCACUGGUGUUUUGGUGCAAAAACAACUUUAUGAAAAUCAUAUCUACCAAAUUAAAUAUUGUCACAUUUACUACCCAGCAUGGUUGUCCAGUUACAGAUAUAUAUAUAUACAUAUAUAUAUAUUUAUUUAUUUUAAAUGUUUCUUCAAAUGGGAGGAAGUAAAACAACACGUUUCAACAGACCCAAUGUAUGGAGAAUUAGUAAUCUCAGUUCUUAGAUUUCAAAUUAGGAAUUUGGGAAGAAAACUGUUUGAAGCAGGAAGUUCUUCCUGUCAGUAACAUGAGUACAAGUGUACUCACACAAGCAUAGAAGCUUCUCCCUGGAAUAUAGUUUUAGAUGGUUUUGUAUAAUGUUGGACACCUCUCUCAGCAACAUUCCAGCCUAUCAUUCCAACUGAAGAAGCUCCACCUAUCCUGUUUUUGCAAGGCCACAAUGCUGUUGGGAUUUUGAGUACUUAAGGUCCAAAUCAGUUUAUGUUAAAGGUGAUUUAAUGGAGGAGAUUGUCAGAUUCUGUGACUUGGUUGAUUGGGAGUCCAGGUAUCCGUUGAUCCACAUGGUGUGAUUCACUAGAACCAACUUACAUAAAUAAGUGAUCGUGGUCCAUACUUGGUUAUUCAUAGACCACCGUCACAGCUGAAAUACUGAGUUUGGCAUUAAACAACCAACAGUAAUCACGGUCCAUACUUGGUUAUUCAUAGACCACUGUCAUAGCUGAAAUACUGAGUUUGGCAUUAAACAACCAACAGUGGAAGCAUUAGGCUACAGUUGAAUGGCUGGAAUUAUUGCUGAGUGCUGUGUUGAACAACAAACAGUAGGCUAUAGGUGAAUGGCUGUCAAUUAGAGUUACAGGUGGGAAGGUGGUGUAUUAUAUUGGAACUAUAUGCUACGUUUAUAAAUAUUAGUUUGGAUUAUUAUGGUGUUUGGAAACUACAAGACUGGAUGCUGCGAAUAAAUUUUGUUAGUGAAUCUUUUCAUCCGGAAUGUAAUCAUGCCAGAGUUUAGUUCUGACUGAGUUACAUGACCCAGGCUUAUCAUGGACCAGUUUCUUAAAGAAAAAUUAAAUUCAAUGUAUUGAUGGGUUUUCUGAAUAUUUCAUUGCUCAAAAUCUCCAUCAUCUGCAGAACUCGUUUAAACUUCCUCAUGUUGUUUAUUAUGGCUUCAUUGUUUGUGUUGUUGUCUGCAGUUUUACUGUCAAUCAUACAGUCUCCAUUUGGACCACGAUUGCUCUUCAGGGAGUUUCCUUGAUCCUUUAACUGAUGUAUCCAAGAACAUCUGAACAAUGAGAUUACUGUUAUGUCCAUAUUGUUUCUUGCAUAUCUGAGAGGUUCUCUAUUUACUGACACUUUCAUGAAUGCAUGUCUCUUUGUAAUGGCUCCUGGUGCAGCACUGGACUCAAGGUGAUGGAGAGCCCAGAAUGAAAUGUGUUCAACAUGCAAACAACAUCACUGUUUAAUUUAUUUCCUUGAUGUACUGAAAGUGACACAUCUUUGCUGCAAUAUUGAAUAAAUUGCUGUACACAUA